UGACAGACCAAUAGGAGCGCGUGAAGGGCGGAAGUGGGACCCCCCUCACGGCGCCCACGGCGGCGGUAACGGGGCCGCAGCUCCCUGAGCAUGGACCCCCCGCCAUCGAGGCCCAAAGCCCCCUCCUUCCUGUCAGACCUGGGCAAGGCCACCCUGCGGGGCAUCCGCAAGUGCCCCCGCUGUGGCACCUACAACGGCACGCGGGGGCUGAGCUGCAAGAACCAGCGGUGUGGGACGGUGUUCCGGCCCGGCGCCCGCCGCCCACCCGCCCCCGGCACUGGCACCGACCCCGGCGCCGUGCGCGUCCUCACCGGCUCCCCCGCACAGCUCUACUCCGUGCGGCACCGCGGGCACCACGCCCGCUGCUUCGUGGAGCUGGGGGUCUCCGAGACCGCCAUCCAGACUCCCGAAGGCACCCUCAUCACCCAGCUGAGCUCGGGGCGCUGCCACGCACCCGCCUGCGGCACGGCGGUGGCGGAGGACAAGCAGUGCCAGCACCUGAAGCUGGCCCUGGGCUGCCAGGCCGAGGCCACGCCGCUGCCCCUCAAGAGCUCUGUGCUGGGCUCCCUGCAGGCACCCCCCGAGGCCAAGCAGAGCCUGUGGGAGCUGGCGACGGAGCCCACGGGGCCGCUGGUGCAGAGGGUCACCAGGAGCGUGCUGGUGGUCAAGUGCCAGGCCAGCCAGAGGCACGGCCUGGGCUACCUGCACGCCUGCUUCGCUCAGCACCGCUUCUCCUGCGCCUGCCGGAGCCCCCGCGCUGGGCACGGCAAGGGGGAGGAGGAGGAGGAGGAGGAAGAGGUCCCACCAACACGCUGCAUCCACUUCCUCGCCUGCAUCUGCGCCUUCGCCAGCGACGAGAGCCUGGCCCAGGAGUUCGCCGAGUUCCUCGCUUCCGACGCCGGGGGUCUGAAGGGUGCGGUGGUCCCGCAGCUGGUUUGUGGCCCCGGAUCCACAGCACGGCCUCGGGGGGCGGCUGCUGCCAAGGCCAGGAAGAGGAAAAAGGAUGUGGGGCCGGGGACACAGGUGACCAGCCCGCUCCUGGCUCCGGACCCAGCUCAUCCCGGCCCCAGAAGGAGCAGCCUCAGGAAGCCACCAGUGGCCUCGUCCUCCCUGAAGAGACACAGCUGUCCCCAGGUGCUGGAUGAGUCCCAGGUGUCCCUGUCCUUCCAGGACUGGCUGGCCAGUGUCACGGAGCGCAUCCACCAAACCAUGCACUACCAGUUUGAGGGGCGUCCUGAGCCCCUGGUGUUCCACAUCCCCCAGGCCUUUUUUGAUGCCCUCCAGCAGCGCAUCUCCAGUGGGAGCAGUAAGAAGAGGCUCCCCAACUCCACCACGGCCUUCGUGCGCAGGGACGCGCUGCCCCUGGGCACCUUCUCCAAGUACACCUGGCACAUCACCAACGUCCUGCAGGUGAAGCAGAUCUUUGACACGCCUGAGCUGCCGCUGGAGAUCACCAGGAGCUUCGUGCAGAACCGGGACGGCUCCUACGAGCCCUUCCGGACCCCCCGCGUGGAGGUGGAGCCCGUGGGAGACGGGUUUGGGACCCCCGAGAAACAGCCCCCCCUGCGGCCCCUGGAGCUCCAGACCUUCCUCAAAGUUGGACACACAUCCCCCACGCAGAAGGAGCCCACCCCGUUCACCAUCGAGUGGAUCCCCAACAUCCUGCCCCGCUCCCGCCUGGGGGAGCUGCGCCUCAAGUUCCAGUACGGCCACCACGGGGGGCCCCGGCCCACGGGACCCCUCCGGGACCCCCCUCCGACCGACCCCCCGCUGGAGCUGCCCCCCCUCAGCGCCAUCGCCUUCCCCUGA